GUCGGUUGCUCUGAAAAAAGGAUUAUCCAAACAAAAGAAAAUGCUUCAUCCCAACAGUAGAAAAGUAAACGCUAUUGUUAAACAAAAUAAAAAAAUAGUGAAAAGAGAACAAAUGAAACAAACAGGUAUGAUGAAACAAAAUUUAAUUAGAGAGAAAAUGUUGUGGUUCAAAGAACAUAUGAAACCUAAAAUAUGUCCAUAUACUUCAGAAUUAACAGCUGAAUUACUCGAAAAAUAUAUUGCAAGGUAUGAUGAAGAACUGAAGACAAUAGCAGAUAAGAAUAAAGUUCGUAAUAAAAAAAAUCGAAGUAAUGCAAGUCGUGAAGAUAUACUUCGAAUGAGUAAAGAAAGAGAUGAAGAUGAAUACAAUGGUUGUGGAAUAGAAAUACCCAACAUCUUAAAUUCAACACAGUGCGAAAUGUUGCGCAAGUGGGACGGAGACGUGCGUUACCUUCCAAACUUUGUAUUUCGACGCUUUGGUAGACGACAUGUCGAGCAAAAUAAAAAAAUGUUAAUGACCAAUAAUGCACCUGAUACAGAAAGCUCGCCGGUGCAAAAAGACAAAGAAAAUGAAGAGACCAAAAAUGCAGUUAAAGAUAAAGCAGAGAUGGAUGUUGACUAA